AUCCUGGUCCCUGUGAGUACACAGUCCUCCUGUGUGCGAGUAUCAAAUUCCUCCAACAUGCGUGCUCUUCAGCUUCUGCUCAAGACCAGCCCCGCUGCCCUGCUCCUGAUUCUCUGCCUGAGACUGGGGACUGGUGCAGCUCAAGAACUGCCACGAAACAUAAUCUCAGCAAACCUGACAAUUAUUCCAAAUGGAGUCCCGACGAACUAUCUGGUAACAUUCUCAGUUACAAAUCACGAGACCCCAUACAUGGUGAUUAAAACCACCAUCCAGGCCACCCCAAACGUUGUGUUUCCUUUUGGUAAUUUUGCUUCCACCAGCUGUCUGUGUAGUACAAGAAACUUCUUCUGGGACAUACAAACGUUUGAAAAUGCGACCAUAAUAGGGUUGGCUCAAGUUGUGUCCGAGGAGAACAUAUGCCCUCCUGAUGUGGCACUGUACCCCGUCACUGGUGACAAAGUCUUUGUUGUGGACAAUGUCAACAUAACACCCUGAUCUGGAAAGUCUGCUGUCUCUGAGUUUGUGGGCAUCUGUGUAGACAGUAAAAUAAACUCCCUACUGGCUUCUCAA